UCAAGCGAACUUAGUCUCAACGCGAAGCUCACGGCGAUUGAUUCACGUAAAUUUCACGGAGAUAAUCUGACAAUGUCGUCUUUAAGGCUACUGCUGAUAUUGCUUGGUGCAUUGGGCGCCAUUGGCAUUACUGCUGGUGCCACUGCGCAAUUUAGUUAUGGAAGCUGCGAGGCAAAGGGCAAUAAGGAACGCGGACUAUGCAUACAUAUACGAGACUGUCCCUUUCUCUACGAGAUACUAAAUAUAAGCCAGACAACCCCAGAGCAACGUCAGCUGCUAUCCGAUAGCCAGUGUGGAUUGGAUAAUACACGUCAGAGCGGCUUGGUGCAGCGUAUUCUUGUCUGCUGUCCAGAUAGCAAACGCCGGAUGCAAGGUACAGGCACAGGCACAGAAAAUGCGACACGUGUAGUAAAUCGUUCUGAUGAUGAACCCGAGCCAGGCAAUGUGUUACCAAGUAUAGGAAAUUGUGGGAUUAUGUUUGCCAAUCGCAUUAUUGGCGGCAUUAAGACAGAACUUUUCGAAUUUCCCUGGAUGGCGCUGCUGCAAUAUAAAAAAGCUGAUAAUCAACUUGGUUUUAACUGCGGCGGCACAUUGAUCAACUCGCGCUACGUAUUAACUGCCAGCCAUUGCUUGGCUAGCAAUCAGUUGCAAAUGUAUGGAUGGCAGUUGCACAGUGUCCGUCUGGGUGAGUGGGAUUUAAGCUCUGCUCCGGACUGUAUCACCGAACUAAGCAAUAAACAACGCACUUGUGCACCCAUGCACAUGGACAUAGAGAUUGAAAAGAGUAUUCUACACGAGCUCUACGUACCAAAUUCAAUUGACCAGAUGCACGAUAUUGCCCUACUACGGCUCAAGCGAUUCGUCACUUAUACGGAAUACGUAAAACCCAUUUGCCUGCCGGUUGGUGACGAUGUACGUAACCACAAUUUUGAAGGCUAUGCCAUGGAUGUUGCAGGCUGGGGUGUUACCGAGGAUGGUAAGCCCAGCAAUGUGAAGCUGAAAAUUACUGUGGAUGUUUGGAAACUUAAAAAUUGCCAAGAUAAAUACCGCAGCUACCAGAUGCGUCUAAAUAGUUCACAGCUUUGCGCUGGUGGCAAGGUAAAUAUUGACACCUGUCAAGGUGACUCCGGUGGUCCCCUAAUGGUAGCUACCAAUGUGGGAAUGCAGGAAGUAUUCUUUGUGGCCGGCGUCACAUCAUAUGGCCCCAAGCCCUGCGGCCUGCAAGGCUGGCCAGGUGUAUACACUCGAGUGGGACAGUAUGUUAACUGGGUGUUGGACAAAUUAGAAGCUUAACCCGAUUGUUAACUUUAAUAAAUAAAAUUGGUAAUUUAUUAUUCACAUAGUAUCUGGCAUUUUCUAGCUUAUUAAAUUUUAAGCGUUGCGACCAAUUGCUUGAUUUACUACAUUAUAAAUAGUGGAAUGCAAGGAGCUUCAUUUUAGGACAAAGUGCUAAUAAGCUAACGCGCAAUAAAUAUAAAUACAAUAUAAAUAAAGAUCAAUAGAACAAGAAAA